AUGGUGUCCGCUGCUGCAGUGGAUGGGGUGACCUCAAUGAAGGAGGAAGGGGACAAGGAUGGGCUUGGCUUGUCGCUUGGCGAGAGGGUUCGAGCCGACUUUCCCAUACUGGAUCAGGAGGCGUACCCAGGCAAGCCGCUGGUGUAUCUCGACAGCGCUGCUACCUCUCAGAAGCCGAAGGUUGUCAUGGACGUCUUGCGAGACUACUACGAGCGCGAUAACGCUAACGUUCACCGCGGAGCGCACCAGCUCUCCAUCCGCGCCACCGAGGCAUACGAGGCUGCAAGGGAGAAGGUGGGCGCGUUCGUGAACGCGGAGACAUCGCGGGAGAUCGUCUUCACCCGGGGGGCCACGGAGGCGAUUAACCUUGUCGCGCAGACGUGGGGUCUGGACAACCUGGCGGCGGGAGACGAGAUCGUUACGACGGUCAUGGAGCACCACAGCAACAUGGUCCCGUGGCAGCUGUUGGCGGAGCGGACGGGCGCGGUGCUGAAGUUCGCGCAGAUCCGGGAGGACAUGUCGCUUGACCUGGACCACAUGAAGAGCCUCAUCACCGACAAGACCAAGCUGGUAGCGGUGGUGCACGCCUCGAACGCCCUGGGCGGCGUCAACCCCGUGAGCGAGAUCGCGGAAGCGGCCCACGCCGUCGGCGCCAAGGUGCUGGUAGACGGGUGCCAGAGCGUACCCAACAUGCCCGUCGACGUACAGACUCUCGGCGUUGAUUGGCUGGUUGCUUCGGGGCACAAGAUGUGCGGCCCAACCGGGAUCGGGUUCCUUUGGGGACGGAUGUCCGUGCUCGAAACGAUGCGGCCAUGGCAGGGUGGGGGCGAGAUGAUCGACCAGGUAUACUUCGACCACUCCACGUUUGCGGAGCCCCCGGCUAGGUUCGAGGCGGGCACCCCGGCGAUCGCCCAGGCCGUCGGGCUUGGGGCCGCGUGUGACUACCUGUCGUCCAUUGGGAUGGAGAACGGGGCGGCAUACGAGCACGAGAUGUCCAAGUAUCUUUGGGAGCGACUGUCGGAAGUGGAGGGGCUCGACUUUUACGGCCCGCCCCCGAACGCUUCGGGGGACAACAGAAACCCUCUUCUGGCCUUCAACAGCCGGGACGUUCACGCUCAUGACCUCUCCUUUUUCAUGGACCAGGAGGGCGUGGCGAUUCGUGCGGGGCACCACUGCACGCAGGCUUUGCAUCGACAGCUUGGGGCGGCCGGCAGCCUUCGGGCCAGCCUGUACAUCUACAACACCAAGGACGACGUCGACCAAUUCAUCGAGGCGUUGCGAUCAACCUUGGAUAUGUUCAAAGCAAUGGAUGGCGAUGGCGGUGGAGCCGGAGGGGGUUUGGUCGGAGGAGAGCCUUCCAUUUUCUAGGAAGGGGUUAAAACCAGGAGGCAUAUCUUGUCGCUGGAGGAGACAGCAACUGCUGUUGGAAUCUGAAGGAGGCUUUCGUGUGGGUAUUGUAGUGGAUCGAUUUCCUGUUGCUCGGGGAAGUACAGUCGCGAACGUUGACACGAUCCGUCGACGUACAGUUGUAGGCAGCAAGGCCAUCAUCAAGCAUCAGGAGUAGAAAAAAAAGAGAGAGCGUAACUUUACAACGCCCACGGUAGGCAUGCAGACAGACCUGCCUGCCGACCAAUCCGAAACGCACGGUGAGGAUGGACCAACUGCUCUUCUUGUCCGAACUAUGUACACGCACAAAGAAAAUCGUCUGAAACCCGAUACGAUAGGCACUACUAACGACGUGACCGGUUCAAGUGCACCCGCGGUAGCAACACCACUCGUUUUUUUUCGGCGUGUUGCCGGGGCGACAGGGAAGCCCACGGUGUUCCAUGGCGCAAAGAAUUGGGGUUAUUUGGCACGCUGCAUUUUGCUCUCGCGGAACGCGUGCCGGACGUUCCUCACCAAAAUUUGGCGCGACGCGUGUUUUAAAGUCUCGAUUGGAUUUUCUGGAUGGCGUAGGUGGUGUAAGCGCGCGCUCUCCCCUCCGUACAAGUUUGGCGCCAAAAGUCUUCGCAGGAUUUUUAGAAACCGCGUCUAUCUUCUCCUCCACAGCCAAGUUAUUCGUUUUUCGAUUUCGAACCCCCCCCAAAUGACACACACCAAAAGCUAAGAAAAAAAAACAAACACAACACAUUUAAGCCAACGCCCAGCGGCCUGAGUAGCCAUCGCAUCGCCCGUCUUACAAGACUGUUAACAUAUCGGCAGCAAAUCUCAGCUUCACUGUGUACGUGCGCGCUGCGUGCUUGUGUUGGCGCGCAGAUGCUCAGGGGGCAAAUAUGACGGCGCGACGAAAACUUGUCUAAGGCGCCCAGAAACACGGAUCGAAAAACGCAAUUACAAAAGAACGGUCAUGGUACAAACCUAUUUUCCAUGCACAUCAAUUUGUCAAGUCACACAUAGCGGCAGUCCUGUGAUGGCUGAGGUCGUGUGUCCCAUCCCGUUGGAGACGAACCACUGGUCAAUCAGGUUGCGCUUAGAUCCAUGGCAGGGGAGGGCGCUCGUUUGGCGUACCUUUGAAAGAGAAAAAGUUGGGAGUACAAACUACGAAGUCGGGGUAAGUUCGUUCCGAGCCUCUCGAUCCCCUCCUCCCACCAAAAACAAAGUCCAAGUCACGGUCCCCCUGGUGGUCCCCUGUCUAUGCUACAUUUGUUCCUCUCCUGGUCCUGCGGUACUAC